ACCUGGGUGCCUCCUGCUGUCCCUUACCUGCGAAGGGAGCGCUGAUCAUGGCUCCUUGGCCCGAGUUGGAAAAUGCCCAGCCCAACCCCGGUAAAUUCAUCGAGGGGGCCUCUGGACCACAAUCGAGCAUACCUGCCAAAGACAAGGAGGCCAGCAAAACAAAUGACAACGGGACUCCUGUAGCCAAGACUGAACUGCUACCCUCCUAUUCCGCCCUGGUUCUCAUAGAGGAGCAUCCCGAGGGGACGGACCCCUGGGACCUGCCUGAACUCCAGGACACUGGGAUCAAAUGGUCAGAGAGAGACACCAAAGGGAAGACGCUCUGCAUUUUCCAGGGGGUUGGGAAGUUCAUUCUUCUCCUGGGGUUUCUCUACUUGUUCGUGUGCUCCCUGGAUGUACUGAGCAGCGCCUUCCAGCUUGUUGGAGGCAAAGUGGCCGGACAGUUCUUCAGCAACAACUCCAUCAUGUCUAAUCCUGUGGCUGGACUGGUGAUAGGGGUUCUGGUGACAGUCAUGGUUCAAAGCUCCAGCACCUCUUCCUCCAUCAUCGUCAGCAUGGUUGCUUCUUCAUUGCUGACGGUUCGGGCUGCCAUCCCCAUCAUCAUGGGCGCUAACAUUGGAACCUCCAUCACCAACACGAUCGUGGCGCUUAUGCAGGCAGGAGACAGAAAUGAGUUCAGAAGGGCAUUUGCAGGAGCCACUGUUCAUGACUUCUUCAACUGGCUCUCUGUGUUCGUGCUCUUGCCUCUGGAGGCUGCCACCCAUUACCUGGAGAUCCUGACCAACCUUGUGUUAGAAACCUUCAAGUUCCAGAAUGGAGAAGAUGCCCCAGACAUUCUGAAAGUCAUCACAGACCCCUUCACAAAGCUCAUCAUCCAGCUGGAUAAAAAGGUCAUCCAACAAAUCGCAAUGGGUGACUCAGCGGCCCAGAACAAGAGCCUGAUCAAGAUCUGGUGUAAAAGUAUAACCAAUGUGACUGAGAUGAAUGUCACCGUCCCCUCGACUGAUAACUGCACCUCUCCUUCAUAUUGCUGGACUGAUGGCAUACAGACCUGGACCAUCCAGAACGUUACCCAAAAGGAGAACAUUGCUAAAUGUCAGCACAUCUUCGUGAACUUCAGUCUCCCAGACCUUGCUGUGGGCAUCAUCUUGCUUACUGUCUCCCUGGUGGUCCUCUGUGGCUGUCUGAUCAUGAUAGUCAAGCUGUUGGGUUCUGUGCUCAGGGGACAAGUCGCUACUGUCAUCAAGAAGACCCUGAAUACUGAUUUCCCCUUUCCCUUUGCUUGGCUGACUGGCUACCUGGCCAUCCUUGUGGGGGCAGGCAUGACCUUCAUCGUGCAAAGCAGCUCUGUGUUCACGUCUGCCAUGACUCCACUCAUCGGUAUUGGGGUGAUCAGCAUUGAGAGGGCAUAUCCACUCACGUUGGGCUCCAACAUUGGCACCACCACCACCGCCAUUCUGGCUGCUUUAGCCAGCCCAGGCAACACCUUGAGGAGUUCUCUCCAGAUUGCCCUGUGCCAUUUCUUCUUCAACAUCUCUGGAAUAUUGCUUUGGUACCCAAUCCCAUUCACCCGUCUGCCCAUCCGUCUGGCUAAAGGCCUAGGCAACAUCUCUGCCAAGUAUCGCUGGUUCGCAGUCUUCUAUCUCAUCUUCUUCUUCUUUGUGACCCCGCUGACAGUGUUUGGCCUGUCUCUGGCAGGCUGGCCAGUGCUGGUGGGCGUGGGCGUACCCAUCAUCCUGCUGCUGCUCCUGGUUCUGUGCCUCCGGAUGCUGCAGUUCCGCUGCCCUCGCAUCUUGCCCCUGAAGCUCCGGGACUGGAAUUUCCUACCCUUGUGGAUGCACUCUCUGAAACCCUGGGACAACGUCAUCUCCCUGGCCACCACCUGCUUCCAGAGGCGUUGCUGCUGCUGUUGCCGCGUGUGCUGCCGUGUCUGCUGCAUGGUGUGCGGCUGCAAGUGCUGUCGCUGCAGCAAGUGCUGCAGGGACCAGGGAGAGGAAGAGGAGGAGAAGGAGCAGGAUAUCCCGGUCAAGGCUUCUGGGGCCUUUGACAAUGCAGCUAUGAGCAAAGAGUGCCAAGAUGAGGGCAAGGGCCAAGUGGAAGUUCUGAGCAUGAAGGCCCUGUCCAACACUACAGUGUUCUAGGGGCACCUAGGAGUCAGGGGUGAGGAGGACCUCAGGUCCCAUGGGAUCCACCCCUUCCGUAAGCGUCUCCAGCUACCUCGCUAGGAUUUCUGAUGAGGAAGAAUAACACCAACUCUAGCUCUCCUACCACCAGAGUAACAGUCUGUAGUUGAAUUGGACUUAUCUUCUCUGCUUCUCAAGUGCCUCCCUCUUAGAAGACAAUACAGAGAGGCCUCAGAUGACUUCAUCCACCUCUGGCUUUCAAAGCCAAUCCUCACCCAAAGGUCAAGUCUUAAGGGAGGCAUUAGGGAAGGUUCUGGAAAGACCCAAUGUAAAGAGUAUUUGUAAAUAUAUGUACAAAGCAGUCAUUUCUUGGUAUGAAACCUCAGCCACAUCUUUUUUUUUUUUUAUCAAAGUCUACUCCCCCUACUCAAUAGCUCCUCCUCCUAUUCGUCCCUGCCCCAGAGCAGCCAAGUCCAAACAGUGAAGUAAUGGCUUGGAGCCCAUAGAUGUAAGCCUCCAUAGCUUACAUUGCAGGAGAUGUUCUCUAUGGAGGAGGCUUCAUCUGGGUAUAGUCAGAUCAAGCAGUUGACCCCAGUGUCCUCAGCUUCAGCUUCCUAGGAUGGAGAGACACAUGGUUGGGGUUCAUAUUUGGUUUCUGUACGUAGGGCUCUGGAUUAAUCUAGAAUAGGAGGCAUUGGUGUUCUUGGUCAGAGUAAUAUUGCUGAUGGAACCUGUAAGACCUGUGUCCCAAGCCCUCUCCGUUGCUACCACUCGGGACCAUCUGCUUGUGAAGGGUCUGUUUAUCUUGUUUUGUGCAAGGAGACUUGCUGGGCCAGCCUUUAGUGGUCUGUUUCCAUCCACCCACUCACCCUCUUGCUCAUGAAACAUGUUCCCAUCUUCCAUAGGUGAGCUUUGUCCUGCCCCUUUCCAUGCCUACAAAGCUCCAAGGGAAUUCUUAGGAGGGAGGAGAUAGGAAAUGGCUAGAUGCUCUUAAGAGUCAAGAUGAAGCCAGUAGGGUUUGGAGUGACUGCAGGUAAAGGGUGGGAUCCUAUUCAUACAGGAUACCUGUGCCUUUUAGAGCCCACGUGUAAUACCCACAAUGGCUCUGCAACCAUCCCCAUAACUCCCCCCACCUCCCAUAAGAACAAGCCUCAGCUUGACUUAGGGCAGGUGUGGCUCCAUAGGACCAUGUCCUCUCCAUCCUCUCCCAUCAUGCUCUUCGCCAUAGGAAGAGGUGGAGAUGCCAAACUGAGCCCCUCUGUAGAUAAAAGUUCCCAAAGAGCCAUUUAUGUGGCAUAUUUAUAGCUAUGCAUCUGUACAGAAUACUUCAUAACUUAUACAUAGUAAAUAGUGAUUUGUUUUAUAGUGUCUCAUUUGGAAAUGAGGCAGGGUUCUUUUAUGUACUGUGAAAAGAGCACCUUUGUAUAUUUUGUAAUACUGCCUUUAAACACAACUCUCUGAGGCCACGCUAUACCUCCCUGUAAAUAUGUAAGUUACACCCCAGGAGGUGGCUUUGCCCUCUGUUGAUUAUAUAUAUUUUUUCUUUUUAAAAAAAUGGGAUCCUUGUUCCCAUGUUAAUUGUAUUUUUUUAAACUGGUUGAGGAAAGGGGGAAAUAAAAAUCACACCCCAAGCCCCCCGCCCCCCGCAAGUGUGCUGCUUCCAAUUGCAGGGUGACAGGAGGUAUCUUUCCCUACUCAAACCUCACCAUGCAUCACCACGGGAAGCUAUGUAGUUUCUGGUGACACUUUGGGACACAGAGGACUUAGUCCCACCUUCAGUUUUCUCUUUUCCAAGUCAUGGGGAUAAGCUACUGAGAGCUAUGCUAAGCAAAGCAUAACAUUUUGUAGUUAAUGAAUGUUACCAGGUUUGGAAGCAAAGACUCGGGUGGAAUCUUUGAAAUCACACAGUUGAUGUUUUGAAACUAUGUGCAGGCCAUCUUCUGUCUUGUUUUUAAAAUUUCUACAUUAGAGGGGGAAGGGGGCAGUGAGUGGGAUGUAAAUUGAAUAAGUAAAAAUUUAAAAAUAAAAACAAAUUAAUUCCAGUACUGUAAA